CGAAAACGUCAAACAUAACCUCAAACAAAAUUUGUUUAUCUCGCUCGUGAAGAACUUUUUAAUUUAUCUGGCUUCUUCAGCGUCCAGGAAUAAGAUGACUGACGGUGAAAGUGACCACUUGACCCUCGCCACCGGCGGAUACGAUCACACAAUAAAAUUAUGGCAAGCACACACAGGAAUUUGCAUAAGAACGAUGCAGCAUUCGGAUACACAAGUGAGUGCCCUAGAGAUCACACCCGGACGUACAAUGCUGGCAGCUUGUGGGUAUCAGCACAUACGCCUCUACGACAUGAUUUCCAACAAUCCCAUCGUUAACUUUGACGGAGUCUCCAAGAACAUCUCCAGCGUUGGCUUCGAGGAAACCGGCAAGUGGAUGUUCACUGGUGGAGAGGAUCACCACGUGAGAAUCUGGGACAUGACAUCAAACAAUCCUGCCUGCAAGAGAAUGUUCGACUGUAUGUCCCCUAUAAAUUCCGUCUGUCUGCAUCCGAAUCAGGUGGAGAUGGCUAUAGGCGCUCAGAAUGGUGGCGUCUAUCUCUGGGAUGUGAAAUCUGAUGCUCAUGAGCAGCUCAUUCCGGAGGUGGACGCUUCCGUUCAGUCCAUUGCAAUAAGUCCCAAUGGGGCUCUAAUGGCAGCUGUCAACAACAAGGGAAAGUGCUACAUCUGGAGCCUGAAUACCACGUCCAGCAGCAAAUUGAGUGUCCUGCAGCCAAAACACAAACUAGAUGCACACAAAAAGUACGCCCUAAAGUGCAAAUUCAGCCCGGAUUCCAGCCUUCUGCUGACGACUUCUGCCGACUCCACGGCUAAACUUUGGAAUACCAGCGACUUUACGCUCUACCGUGAAUUACGGAUCGACACGAAGCGCUGGAUCUGGGAUGCUGCCUUUAGUGCUGAUUCUCAGUACCUCUUCACAGCCUCGUCGGACGGAAUUGCGAGGCUGUGGAAUAUUAGUACGCGAGAAAUUGACCGGGAGUACAUUGGACAUCAGCGUGCCAUCACAGCUUUAGCGUUCCGGGACGAAGUGGUCCAGUAGCUGGAUCCCAUGCAGGAAACUUAUCAUUUAUGUGAUUUUAUGAUACAAAGUGAGACGCUUUUUUUUUUACAUACUUCAUCUCGAUGUUCUUUUAAGUCACACCAUGAGAAACUCAAAAGAGAGACACAAUAAAAAUACCUUAGAAGUGAA